AUGAAUUCAAAUGUAUUUAUUGACGAAAAUUCUAAAAUUGUUGAAUUACCUUACAUUGGUACUAUGGAAGAUGAUAUUUCUGAAGGAAGUAAUGCUGAUAUUGCAAUUAAAGCUAAAUUAUGGUUAAAAAUUUUACCACCAGAAGAUCCAAAUGCUUUAGAAAAAGUUUUAGAAAAAAUGGUAUCAUCAAAAGAAAAUAUAGAAAAAUUAAAAUUAUUAGAAAAGGUUGAUUUUAAAAAUUAUAUUCAUACUGAUGAAUCAUUACGUUUAACUGCUUUAUUGUUUCCUUCAAUUCAACAAAUUAAUUUUGAAGGAAAUUUUUUAACCAUACGUGGUGUUGAAUAUAUUGCUAAAUCUUGUCAGAAAUUAAAGUUUAUUGAAUUUUAUAUAUGUGAAAAUUUAAAUAUGGAAAAUGUUUUUCGUCUAUUUAAUACGGAAGAACAUAAAAUGAAUUUAAGAAGAAUUUUUCUUUUUACUGGCCAACCUACACUAUCAAGAAAUUUUUCAAUCGAAGAAUAUUUACCAUUUAUGGCAAGAUGUGAACGAUGUGGCUCAUUUUUUAAUAAACGCAAAAAUGAAGAAGAAACGUUAUGUCUAUAUGGUGGUUAUGCUAAUCAUGGUGCGUAUAGGUGUUGUGGUAGUGACAAACCAAGUUAUUUAUCAACAUCAGGAUGCCAAAGUACUUACCAUACAACGUCUCCUAUAUCAUCAACAUUAGAUUUAAACGAUCCUAAUACUAUGUUUACAAUAGUUGAUCAUCAAAAGAAUACAUUGCUAUAUCGAGAUCGUCGUGCAUUACAUAAGUCUUAUGAAAAAUGGAAUAUAAAACGUCAACAAGAUCAAUAA